CUCAGCCCAGGAUAAGGGAGAAGCUAGUUGCUUCACGCAGCCCGCUCGUUGAGCCCCAGGAACCUCCGUGACGGCCGGCACGGCAGCACCCAAGGCCGCAAGCACAACCUGGGCUCAGCUCCAGCUGGGGGCGGGCGGGGCGGGGCGGGGCGGGAUCGGCUUCAGCACCACGGACAGCGCUCAGCCCGCGGCCCUCCAGCCUGCGGCGCGCUCCCACCACUUUAGGCGAGCCGGCGAGCUAUGCCAGAGGCAUGGCCUGGCACUCUGGCCCCAUGGCGCUGCUCCUCAGCAUCGGCCUCCUCGGGCUGUGCUCAGGAGUCUGGGGUACAGACACAGAGGAGCGGCUGGUGGAGCAUCUCCUGGAUCCUUCCCGCUACAACAAGCUUAUCCGCCCAGCCACCAAUGGCUCUGAGUUGGUGACAGUACAGCUCAUGGUAUCAUUAGCCCAGCUCAUCAGUGUGCAUGAGCGAGAGCAGAUCAUGACCACUAAUGUCUGGCUGACUCAGGAGUGGGAGGAUUAUCGCCUCACCUGGAAGCCUGAGGAAUUUGACAACAUGAAGAAAGUUCGGCUCCCUUCCAAACACAUCUGGCUCCCAGAUGUGGUCUUGUACAACAACGCUGAUGGCAUGUAUGAGGUGUCCUUCUAUUCCAAUGCCGUGGUCUCCUAUGAUGGAAGCAUCUUCUGGCUGCCACCCGCCAUCUACAAGAGCGCCUGCAAGAUCGAAGUAAAGCACUUCCCCUUUGACCAGCAGAACUGCACCAUGAAGUUCCGCUCGUGGACCUAUGACCGCACGGAGAUCGACCUGGUGCUCAAGAGUGACGUGGCCAGCCUGGAUGACUUCACACCCAGUGGCGAGUGGGACAUCGUGGCACUGCCCGGCCGCCGCAACGAGAACCCCGACGACUCCACUUAUGUGGACAUCACAUACGACUUCAUCAUCCGCCGCAAGCCCCUCUUCUACACCAUCAACCUCAUCAUCCCCUGUGUGCUUAUCACCUCACUAGCCAUCCUUGUCUUCUACCUGCCAUCCGACUGCGGUGAAAAGAUGACGCUCUGCAUCUCCGUGCUCCUGGCGCUCACCGUCUUCUUGCUGCUCAUCUCCAAGAUCGUGCCACCCACGUCCCUUGACGUGCCACUUGUGGGCAAGUACCUCAUGUUCACCAUGGUGCUUGUCACCUUCUCCAUCGUCACAAGUGUGUGCGUGCUCAAUGUGCACCACCGCUCACCCACCACGCACACCAUGGCGCCCUGGGUCAAGGUUGUCUUCCUGGAGAAGCUGCCCACGCUGCUCUUCAUGCAGCAGCCCCGCCACCGCUGUGCCCGCCAGCGCCUGCGCCUGCGGCGGCGCCAGCGUGAGCGCGAGGGAGCCGGCGCCCUCUUCUUCCGAGAAGCCCUGGGCGCCGAUGCCUGCACCUGCUAUGUCAACCAUGCGUCGGUGCAGGGCUUGGCUGGGGCCUUCGGCGCUGACCCGGCGCCGCCGGCAGCAGGCCCAGGGCGCUCCGGGGGGCCUUGUGGCUGCGGCCUCCGGGAGGCGGUGGAUGGCGUGCGCUUCAUUGCGGACCACAUGCGGAGUGAGGACGAGGAUCAGAGCGUCAGUGAGGACUGGAAGUAUGUCGCCAUGGUGAUCGACCGCCUGUUCCUCUGGAUCUUUGUCUUCGUCUGUGUCUUUGGCACCAUCGGCAUGUUCCUGCAGCCUCUCUUCCAGAACUACGCCACCGCCACCUUCCUCCACACAGACCACUCGGCUCCCAGCUCCAAGUGAGGCCGUCCCCAGCUCCAUGCUCCUUCACCCCUCUGCCCUCUGUCUUACGAUAGUUUCAGGUGGACGAGGGACACGCAAGCUCCCAGGAAGAGGGGCGCUGCCCCCACAGGCCCGGUACCUCGAGUCCCUCCCCCCUCCCUUCCCCCACACCCAGCCCAGGCCGACCUGGAGGCUGGACCGGCUGCUCUAUCCUCUUGUACUGACCCAGGCAGUAGUGUUGCUGCUGGAGGAUGAAGGCUGAGAACUGGAGGAUGGAGACGUCGGAGCCUUCCACCCCGAGGAAAGUGGGAUGGGGAAGGGGCCGAGACGUGGGCAGAGUCUCUGCUGCCUCCACAUCCCAGGAGAAGGGGUGUGUGGGAGGAGGUGCUGGGCUGGCCCGAUGCCACGGCAGCUCAGAAGGGAGGAGCAAGAGGAGAGAGGCUUGGGUGUGAGCUGAUGUCUGCCCCUGCUUAAGCGGACAGCAGCUCAUCGGCUGGGCCUCAUGGUGGGCAGCGGACCCCCCGUCAGGAAGUUAGCCUGGCUCUGUGGUCAGCGUCCCGGGGGAGGCUUCCAGCCCAGCCCCACAGCCCCUUGCUUCAAAGGGAUCCAGAGCUCAGCCCCAGGUUCCCUUCUCCCAGUGAGUAAUUCUCUGUACCCCUAGAUUUCCCUUCC